AGAGCCGCCCUGAAGACAGGGGCCCCUUUUGAAUGACAGCGCUUGGGAAGGGAGACGAAUAUUUGUCUGAUUUCCCGCAGCCACAGCGUCGAUGAGAAGCAGUCGAGGAACUCCAUUCUAACUGAAUGGAUUGGUAUGGGGAGAAGCGGACCUCCAAACUCGGCUAAGCGGCAGCUUUGGGACUGUAUAACACUGACGAUGGUUUUACUUUCGCUGCUGUUUCGACCAGCUAACUGCCAGCAGUGUCGAAUCCAGCGCUGCAAUGCAGAGUACGUGGCUUCGACUUCACCCUCUAGUGGUCUGCAGGAAGAGCUUCCUCUGGACGUGGACUACUGCAUUGCCCUGCGGGCCUACGCUCUGUGCACUCGACGCACAGCGCGCAGUUGCAGGGGUGACCUGGUUUACCACUCGGCUGUCUUCCGCAUUAAGGAGUUAUUCUCCCAGCACAACUGUUCCAGCGAUGGGCCCACUUCCUCUGCCAAGGUCCCCAGUACAUCUCGACCCGCCGUGUCUGAGCUGUGCGACUAUGAGAACCGGGUCCUGGUCUCGGGCCAGGCCGGCCAGCAAAAGAAAUACGCCCACUGUGGAUUAUUCGGAGACCCCCACUUACGGACUUUCCGGGAUAAGUUUCAGACCUGCAAGGUAGAAGGGGCCUGGCCUCUGAUUGAUAACCGCUUCCUGUCAGUGCAGGUGACCAAUGUGCCAGUCGUCCUAGGGUCCAGUGCUACGGCAACCAGCAAGAUCACGGUGAUCUUCAAGUCGUACCACGGCUGCACAGAUCAGAAGGUGUACCAGGCCACCACUGAAGACCUGCCCCUGGCCUUUCAGGAUGGGACACGCAGCGGUGGUGAGAGCGGCAGCCUGACGAUCGUAGAGCGGGGUGGCUCUGGAGCAGGCCGGCAGGUGAAGAUCCAGGCCCGCUACAUCGGCACCUCCAUCAUUGUCCGGCGUGUGGGCAGCUACCUGACCUUUGCCAUCCGCAUGCCGGAGGAUACCCUGGACUUCUCUGAGGACAAUGGCGGGCUGCAGCUUUGCUUGCAUGGCUGCCCGAACAACGAGCUCAUCAAAGAGUACAUGCUGGGCCGCCAGACUCAGCACCCUCGCCUGUCUGGCCCUGGGCAGGGCACCAACACAGAGCUAGGGCCCUUGCGUCCCCCCCACCAGAUCUAUACGGUGGAGCGGGCCACGGCCAAGUGUAGAGAGACUCUCCAGGUGGAGGAUGUGUAUUUCCAGUCCUGUGUGUUUGACUUGCUGACCACAGGAGACCCUGAGUUCUCCAUGGCAGCCUACGGUGCUCUGGAGGAUUUAAAGGCACUGCCUCCCAGUAAACUGAAGCAGAAUUCCCCAAGGACUCCUCGUCUUUACAACCAAGGGGUGUCACACACGCUGGCCACAGCAGCAACCAGCACCCGCUCCCUGCUCCCACUCCUACUCCUCAUUCUGCUGCUUUUGUAAGAAAAAAAAUAUAUAUAAAUAAAAAAAGAGAGAAACAUGUAAACAAACACAAAGUGGAAGCAUUACCAGCUUGAGGAUAGAGUGCCGUUAGACCUCAAACAUAUAUAAUUGUUUUUGUGUAUGUUUUGCAUUUGUGAAUGUUGUUCCUGUUUGUCAUUUGAAGGAUUUAGCACUCACAAAAGAUGCCAUUUUCUGCCGCGGCUGCAUUUUCUGUGGACUGAUACGUAGACCACUUCAAACUGAAUGCAUGCAAUCAUGAGGCUUUGAUUGAGGGUUAAGUAUGAAAUUCUUAUGUCAUUUUCACCCAACACUUGUAAAUUGGAUUAAAACAGAUAAACAGAGUCUUUUAAAAUGUGAAACUCAAAGCAUGCUUGUCUGUGCUGACCUCAAGGCAGCUAAUCAGAAUGAUUUUGUAAAUAUAUCCACUGAGAAACUCAUCACAGUGCACAACUUCAAAACGGGUCAUGGUUUCAUCAUGUAUAGACUUAAAUAUGUUAAAAAUGGUCUUUUUGUGCAGAGAUGUCUCUUUGGUUAUUAGAUCCUGUAUAAUCCAGUAAUAUCUAUAGCACUUAAUGGUCAACACUCCAAGUCCGGGUAAUUUCAGUGUUCUGUUUUUUUUUUUUUCCUUUUCUUUUUUGUAAUAAUUGGCAUACUAAUUACACAGGAUCCAACAACUGUAUGUAAAAACUACCUAUCCAUAAUGUAUAAUGUUUUGCUGUGCUAUUCUCAACAGUUCACUGUACUCAAGUGUGAUAUUUCUAUCACUUCAGUGAAACACUCCCUCUUCAAGCUGCUUGGCUUCCAGUUUUAAGGUUGAAAAAACAAACAAAUCUCUAUAUAAUAAUAUAUUGAAAGAGUGUAUAUAUGUGUUUUAUAUUGUGUACAUUUGCCUGUGUAUAGACGUUUUAACUGUAAUAUGCUUUACAUUUGUUGUGAUUAGUUAGGUUAUUUUGAGAAAAGUAAACUAAUAUGUGUUGUACUGUAUCUGUAAUUUUCUGUAUUAAAGUGUUGGACACUCCUGACGA